GUGACUGCGGGCGGUAACUGCCCUGCGUUCAGCGCAGCCCUCUCAGAGCUGCAGAGCUAGUGCAGUCUGUAGUACCACUAGGUACGGCAGCGUCCUACCUCUGUCAACACGGCGGCCUUUUCGAGUGCAAAACCCAAAACAGGCAGAUUUUAGGAAACCAACACUACCACACAGCCAUGGCGGCUGAAACCGACAAGGUAGAGCCCGCGGACAGCGAACAAGAUGAGGAAGAAGACGUGUACGAAGUGGAAAAGAUCAUUGACAUGCGGGUGGAAGAGGGUGAAGUGCUGUACAGAGUUCGCUGGAAGAACUACUGCUCUGACGAUGACACGUGGGAACCAGAGGCCCAUUUGGAAGACUGUCGCGAAGUCCUCUUGGCUUUUAAGAAGUCACAGGCUGAAGCUAAGGCCAAGAAAGAGGCAGAAACCAAGAAAUGUGUGAAACCUCUGCCUCCAAAGAGUGACGUGUUUGAUGCUGACUCGGAAAGUGACAGCGACAAAGACCGACCAACGGAGGCACCUGUCAAGAAGAAAAAGAAGAAGAAAGUCCGGGAAGAGGAGGAGGAGGAAGAAGAAUCGCAUCUUAAGGAAAAAAGGAAAAAGAAGAAGGACAAGCGGAAAGAAGAGUUUAGGCCCCUACCGGCACCAGAAACCGAUGAGGAAGAAGGCAGAGCCCCAACCCCAAGCUCUCCACCCAAGGAGAGAAAGACUGAAUCAAAAAAACGUGUGGUUGAAUCGGAAGAGGAUGACCCUGUUCCCUCCAAGAAACACAGGAAGGAAAGAGGAAAAGAGGGAGGGAAGCAUAAAAAAGAAAAGGGCGACGAUGGGAGGAAAAAGAAGGGGAAGAAAGAGAGGAAGAUCGAAACCUCUGAAGACGAGGCCGCUGCUCCGCUGGAAGAUGACGUGAGCGAAGGCCCGUCAGAGUCCCAAAUGGACGAUUCCGCAUCAACUGAGACUUUAACAAAAUCGGUGGAAAAAGCCAGUUUGGACGACAAGUCCAGACAAAAAAAGGGGAAGUGGGAAGUAAAGCUGCAGGGUAUAAAGGACCUUAUCCACGACAAAAAGAACAAAAAGACCGAUUCUGCUCAGAAAGAAAGCAGCCUUCAAAAACUGAAGAGUCAUAGCUCUAAAGCAAAAGAGGAUACUGCGCUACAAUCAGACUCCAGUGACAACUCCACCCUACAUAAGAAAGCAAAGAGCAAAGGGCAGGAGAGCGCGUCUGCACCACCCAAAGUCCCAUCUACAUCGUCCUCGUCGUCCUCGUCCUCUGUUACAGCUGUUGGUGUCACCAAGAGUAAGGAGGAGGAAGUUACCAAGGACGAGAUAUUGGGACAGAAGGACACCACAGGUUCAACUAACCUUUUCGAAAAGUUCCUGUUAAACUGCGAGGCCAAGGAUCGCGCCCCCCGCAGGAAUCAACCCACCACAGAGAAGAGCAGCAGCAAACCCACAAAGGUAUUGGGAAAAAUUGAGAAGAUUCCCAAAACAACCAAAGAGUCUCCUGUUCAGAAACAAGAGCCGGAGAAGACGGAGAGGCCCAAGCAAUCAGAUGUUUCACGACCAGUUCAGAGUUAUGGCUUCAGCCUGGACACCGAGGAGCGGGAAGAGGAAUCUGUGGCGAAAUCGAAGCCUGGAGAUGAUACCCGGGAGCGUAAGGAUAAGACAGAUGAACCACAGCGGCAAAGCUGGGAGCGGAGAACCCCUUCUGAUGACAGGAGAAAGAAAAGGGAGGACAGUGAGCCUAGACUCUUUAUGGCAUGUGAUGAUACCCAGGACCCACCAGAGGGCACUGACAAAUCUGACAAGGGCCAGGCCACUUUGAGUCUAGGAAUGGACCUUAAUCUGGACUGGAUGACUCUGGAUGAUUUCCAGAAACAUCUUAACGGAGAGGAUGAGAUCUUGUCAGGUCCACCUUUGUCACCAAAUGAGUUGCGAGAUGCUGUAAAAAGUGGAGAUUACAUGGCUGUAAAACUGGCACUUAAUUCCAAAGAGGACUACAAUCUGGACCAAGAGGAUGGCAGUUGUAUGACCCUCACCAUGCUGGCAGCAAUAGGGGGGCAGGAUGACAUCCUCAGGUUACUGAUUAAAAAGGGGGUGAGAGUGAAUAAACGACAGAAGAACGGCACUACAGCCCUGAUGCAUGCUGCUGAAAAGAAUUGUUUGACAACUGUUGCAAUCCUACUGGAGGCCGGGGCCUAUGUAAAUGCUCAGACGCUGAGUGGAGAGACGGCGCUGAUGAAGGCAUGCAAAAGAGGGAACGCUGAUGUUGUGCGCCUCCUGCUGGAGUAUGGAGCUGACUGCAACAUCCUGUCCAAACACCAGAACACAGCUAUGUACUUCGCCCAGCAAAGCAAAAACCUGACGGUGUGUGACUUCAUCAAGGACCACAUCAGCAUGCUGUCCAGUGUGGCGGAGGACACCAUCCGAGCAUACUUUGAGUCUCGUCUGGUGCUGUUGGAGCCCGUCUUCCCUCUGGCCUGCCACAGGCUUUGUGAGGGUCCAGACUUCUCUAUGGAUUUUACCUUCAAGUCACAGCCUCAACCAGAGGGUUCAGGUAUCCUCCUCUUCAUCUUCCACGCCAACUUCCUGAAUGAGAUCACAGCCAGGCUAUGCGGACCUUGCAGUGUGCACGCCGUGGUGCUCAACGAUAAGUUCCAGCUGCCCAUUUUCCUGGAUAGUCACUUCAUCUACUCUUUCAGCCCGAAUCCAGGCAUCAACAAGCUCUUCAUUCGCCUUGCAGAGGCGCCAGCAGCCAAGGUCAAGCUCCUCAUCUGCGCGUACAGAGUGCAGCUGCAGUGACGCGCUCUCUGAUGAUGUUAAUGUCAUACCAAGCUUGGACAACACAUCAUUCCACAUGCAGAUUCUGAGCAGCAGCUGAGAUACUUUACCAAGCGCGUUACCCUCUGAGAAGGAAAAAAAAAAAAAAGCUGGCUUCCCGAGAUGGAAGUGCACAUUCUUGACAACUGAAGUUCAGCGAUGAGAUCUGACUCCAGACCAGGCCCGAGCGCGGUGAGGGCCAACAUAUGCAGCAUAAAUGUGAGGAUCUUACAGAGACUUGCGUAACCUUUGAGCAGUCCGUCCUUUGUGGGAGGUGCCAUCACUACGCAGUUACCGGCGAUCGGAAACUGUUACCGGAGGAGCUUUGAAGACGGACGUCAACCUGUGUCGUGCCUUUCUCCAAGUUCCACCUUCUGUCGGGGUGGAUCUGUUAGACAUGUGUGAUGAUUGUUUCUAUUCUGGUGAAUUUGAAGAAUAUGAAGAGGGGAUUUUCAAUCACUGUUUAUUUUGGCGGGGGUUUCAUGUUUUUAGCAUUUCACUUGGACCAAUGGAAAUCUUUUUCAUGCAUGUUGUUUUUGGUAACACAUUUCUUUAUGGAUUUUUCUUCAUGUUCUAACUCUACCCUUAAAUAAUAUUAACAUUUCUGUUCAGUUCUCUUCCCUUAAUAAUUAACAUCUCUUUAUUUGUGCUAAGUCUGUGUUGUUUGUUGGUAUUUCACUUUAGUAGAGCGGUGUGAGGUUAAACACGGAUUCUGGGGAACAGACACAGUACAUGCAUCCAUAAAUUUUCCAUCCACUGGCCCAUUGUCUUGUUUACCACUUGUCAUUACACUAGUGUGAGGUUGUUUCAAAGUGUGACUUAGAGAGUUUUUAGUGAAUGAAGAAGAGUUUUGCCUUCCAUGCACAGAGUUGCUGUUUAUAUUUCCUGCUCUGUACAGACUAUAUAUAAUUAUAUACAUAUAUGCAGUUAUAAGGUGUCAUGUGAUGACCGCUGAUGUUUUUGUUCCUUUUUGAGUUAAUUUAUUUCGUUUGUACAGGAAAACGCUCUGGGCUUAAAUGUCUCAAACUGCCCGGCUAGUACAUUGAAGAACCCCAUAUUUACCAUCUCUAUCACUGCUGUGCUGAGCCUACUUACUGCUCCCUUUCAGUCUCCUCAAGCAACCUUCUUUGUUUUUAAUUAUCUGAUAUUAAAGGAGCCCAAACUAGAGGAUACCAAAUCCAAGUAUCUGUUAUUGACAUUCUUCUGCAUAAACACACCUAGCUGCGUGAUGUUGCCUACAAACCCAGCUCAGGCUAGCAAUAUGUCUUUAAAUUGCAGCAGUGCUGUUUGAUUGGAUGUCUCCAUGCUGCCUUAAUGUUCACUUUUUACAUUAGUUUGUAGAUCUUUGUGGUUCAAGCUGAGUGACUGAAAGUAAAGAAAAUAUCCAGAUUCACAAUUUUAUUUUUAUUUUUUGUGUGUGUUUUAACUCAACACAUUGCAUAUACUGUAAUGGUGACUCCACUUACUGCUAUUUAUCUCUCAUUCCUAUAGGUAACUACCAGUUUUGUGGACUAAGUUAACAAUGGUACAAAAAGCAUUAGUGGUGAUGUUGUAGCUACGAGAGAACAAAAGAGAUUUGCUGUAUUUGCACUGUAACAGGCUUUGUAAGAAAAGAGGGUUGGCAUGGUAACGUCUUAGUAAUGAAACUUACCUUUAAGUUGCAUGUUAACAUUCAUGGUGGUGCGGUGUUGGUGGUGCGGUUAGUGAAGGUUGUGGGUUUGACAGCCGCCUGGGGCGUUCCUGUCUCUCGGAUUUUCUCCAGUUGCUCCGGCCUCUUCCCAGAGAUAUGCAUGUUAGGUUAAAUGGUGAUUCUAAAUUUGCUGUAGGUGUGAAUGUGAGAUGCCUGGUUCUCUCUUUGCCGUGUGAGAUACCGGCAACCGCUCGCCUUAUGACAGCAGCAAUAGGCUCCAGUUCUCCCGGCAAUCCUGAACUGGGUAAACAGUUCAGAAAACAGAUGUUCACAAUCAGCUGCUCAUCCCACUGGCUACAGUUUGAUCUGCGGUUUUAAAGAAACUUAGGUCUGCUCUGUGUUUCUGUCACUUUAUGACCAUAUACUUGUCAGGUGUAGUGUUUUUUAAAUCGCGCUGCAUACUUCUGGCUCCUGUGGUGUCACAGCUUUCAGACUCCCUAUAUUUUUUUAAUAGGCAUCCAGAUGCUUCAAAAAUCAAGCGCAGCCUUACAGCGAGCUGACACUCUGUAAUAAGAUUUCAAAUUUGACUACUUUCGCUUUGCUCAGCGUAUGCAUGCAGUGCAUUUCACCUUACGGCAUUAAAAGGGAGCAAAUCUGAAACCCUGUCUUAAGACACCUGUAGCCUGUUCUUAUCUCAGUACAGCGUGAGGAAUCGGUACAUGGAGUAGGUGUUUUGGUGUCGGAUACCAGAGACGAGCACGAUACGAAGGAAGACGUGAAACUGGAAUAUCUGAAAAGCCAAAGACAGAUCUAGCUCAGACAUCACCGCUGAGGUUUUCUGCUUUACAAUUUCAGCUAAACUGUUUGAAAUGCAUUCUGAUGUUUUGUGUUACUUGAUAUAUUUUUUUCCAGCUUCCCACAUUGUGAUUGGUUUCCACUUAUUGCAAAUUGGAGUCAAAAACAAAAAACAAACAGCCUCCAUAAACUCGCUUCUGACGUGUAAAGCAUCUCAGUGAAGUCCACCAUCACUUAAGUUACAUAAGGACAAAAUACAUGUAUUGCUAUUACUGUGACUGUGACCACUAUGAUUGUUUGUGAGUCAGUCAGUGUUAGAGCAGAAGUGUUCACUUUAAUGUAUCGCACAUUUGUGGUCAGUUUCAGGAGUGCUAAAUUACUUUCACGUAACAGAUGAAAGGAAGGAUUCAGACCAUUAAAGAUGUUUGUAGAGGUGCUGCUUACCUGAGGCCGUCUCUCUGCCCUAAAUAAAAUGUGUGCAUAUAUUUGCACACACUGCUGGGUUUCAUUCAUUAUAUGGAAAGUUGUUGUUUUUUUAUUAUUAUUAUUAUUAUUCAGUCUGAAAAAUAAGGUUGUUGUACAUGAUAAGUCAUCUGCUUAAUACAUGUUUUUGCCUAGUUUUUGUACAAUAUUUAGUAUAAAAGCUCUUCUAUAAAAGAUAAGUAAUGUUCUCCUGCCUUUCAUACUUCUCUUACUUUUCCAUGGACUUGCAUUAUUUGCACUCUUUUUUUUUUAUUUUUAUUAGUCAUCUCAAUUAUGAUUUUUAUUCAUAAGUAUUGAGCAGUUAAAGGUAUAUGAAUGAUAGAGGUUUGCCAUUGGGAGGUAUAAACGCAUGCAGCUAAUAUCAGUGCUGUAAAACUAAAACCCAGCAUGAUUAAACAUUUCUACAAAUUGA